UGAAGGGUUCGGCUGAAGGGUCGCCGGUUGUUAAAGGGUUCGCCGGCUGUUAAAGGGUUCGUGAACGGCUCUUCCGCCGAACACGUCUGAUCGCAUUCUUCCUUCUAAUGGCGACGUGCAAUCCAUUGUUUUUGGCGAUCUAUGCCACGAUUGUUGCCGGUAUUAUCUUCUGUACUUUUGUGAUUCUCUCCUCGGUCUAUACUUCCUCACCUGCAGUCGGCGCCGGCGAUGGAGGAAACGAAAAAUACUUCCCGUCGCCGAAAGUAACCGGAACACCAAGGCUGCAAAGAGAGCCUUCGGACAUGUUCACAAGAGCCAUAUGGGAUGUGCCCGUUGAUAGUAAAAUGCCUGAUAUGAAGUCGUUUCUACUAACCAAGGAGAUGGUGAAGCACCGUGCAAAAGAUAAUAUCAUCAUUGUGACAUUUGGGAACCACGCAUUCCUGGACUUUAUCUUGAAUUGGGUCAAACACCUAACGGAUCUUAAUAUUUUUAACAUUCUUGUUGGUGCUAUGGAUACCAAAUUAUUGGAGGCUUUGUAUUGGAAAGGGAUUCCUGUUUUUGACAUGGGCAGCAAAAUGGUAACAGUAGAUGUUGGGUGGGGAUCUGCCAAAUUUCAAAAAAUGGGAAGGGAAAAAGUAUUGUUGAUAAAUGCUCUCCUACCUUUUGGUUAUGAGUUACUAAUGUGUGAUACAGAUAUGGUUUGGUUAAAGAACCCACUUCCAUAUUUUGCUCGUUUUCCUGAAGCAGAUAUGUUAACAUCAAGCGAUCAGAUUAGACCAACAACAACUGAUGACAGUUUGGAAGUCUGGCAGAAUGUAACUACUGCCUACAAUAUUGGAAUAUUUCAUUGGCGUCCCACUGAUGUUGCAAAAAGGCUAGCUAGGGAGUGGAAAGAUAUACUUUUUAAGUGAUGACCAGAAAUGGGACCAGACUAGCUUUAAUGAUCUUGUCCACCAAGUUUUAGGACCAUCACUUGAAGGAGAAAGUGGACUUUUUGAUGCUUAUGAUGGGACCCUUAAGCUGGGUCUUUUGCUAGCAAGUAUAUUUUGCAGUGGGCACAUAUACUUUGUCCAGGUAGUUCCUUUUGAUGGUCUUUGUAGCUGUUAAUUCAUUGUUGCUCAUCCAAUUGUGGUUAAUUCA